CCUCUUCUUGAAGGAGCUUGCAGCUGAGAAGGCCAAGACCGUCGCUGUCGAAACCAAGUUGAAAGAGCAGCUGUUGGCACGUGAACAAGAGAUUACCGCUGUGCAAGCUCGCAUGCAGGCUAGUUACCAGGAUCAUGUGAACGAAACCCAGCAGUUGCAAGGAAAGAUUCGGACUCUUCAAGAACAGCUUGAGAACGGCCCCAGUACGCAGCUAGCUCGCUUGCAGCAGGAGAACUCGAUCCUGCGGGAUGCUCUGAACCAAGCCACAAGCCAGACGGAGAGCAAGCAAAAUGCAGAACUAGCCAAGCUGCGGCAGGAGUGCAGUAAACUAAUGAAAGAGCUGUCUGAAAAAUCGGAGACACUUCAUCAGGAGGAGCAACAGAAAAAGAACCUGGAGAUAAAGGCUGCUGCAUAUGAAAAACAAAUCAACCAACUCCAGACUUCUCAAAAAGAAACUGAGGCGACGCUGCAGAAGAGGCUGGAUGAAGUAAGCGAGGAGCUCCGCAAAUCCCAGACCAGCUACAAGAACCUGCUGGCGGAGAUGGAGAAGGCGAAGGACCAGCAGCAGAGCAUUGCUGAGUCUGAAGCCAAGCUGCUGUCCUAUGAAGCAGAGGUGAAAAGUAAAUCAGAGGAGCUGAGCAGCCUGAAAGUGAAGCUGCUAGAAGCCAGCUCUGAAAACAAGCAACUCGCGGAGAGGAUCAAAUCCAUUGAAGCUCUCCUGGAGGCAGGCCGUGCGAAGGAAGUGGAGAAAGAUGCAGACUUGCAGGCAGCUAAUCAAGCAGAAAUGAGCCAGCUGCAGCUAAGACUUCAAGCGAAGGCUGACCAGGUCUCCUCGCUCGAAAAGGAAGCUCUGGAGCUGAGAGAGAUAAUCGAACAGCAGAAAACAAAAAACAACGAUCUUCGCGAGAAGAACUGGAAAGCAAUGGAGGCUUUGGCCUCAGCUGAGAGAGCACAUGAAGAAAAACAGCUUUCUUCCACAAAAGCAAAGGAAGAUUUGGAGCAGCAGCUUAAUGCAAUUCAGACGCAAACAAAGCAGACGCUGCUUUCUCUCUUCCCACAGAUCACUCUAGUUCCACAGCAGGCUUAUGAGGAGUGGCUACAGGAAUUUAAAAAGAAGAGUCUGGGAAUUUUAAAGCAGCAGACAGCUAAAACAGAAUCUCUUGAUUCAGCACUUAAAUUAAAAGAAGCAGAAGAGGCGCAGAGCACUUUACAAGCAGAAUGUGAGCAGUACAGAACUAUUCUUGCUGAGACGGAAAGAAUGCUCAAAGACCUGCAGAAGAGCGUGGAGGAGGAGGAGCAUGUGUGGAAAGCAAAGCUAACGGUGUCGGAAGAGGAACUGCAAAAGUCACAAGUCCGAGUGAAAUCUCUUGCAGAGGCUGUGGACCAGCUGAGGGUAGAGCUCCAGAACACAGAUCAGCUGAAGGAAUAUACUUCUCUUCUGGAAGCACAGCUGGAAAAUCAAUUGGAAACGGCCAAUUCCGAACGCCAGAACUACACAAAAGAAGUUGAAGCAUUGAGGCAGCUCCUCUCUGAAUCCCAAGAACACCUGGAUGCAGCAAAAGCAGAAGCACAGAAGCAAAGCCAGGAGCUUGCAUUGGUCAGGCAGCAGUUGAGGGAGAUGAAGAGCCAUGUGCAUGAUGGAGAAGCAGCUGGGUCGCGGGCUGACCCAAGCGAGCGUGAGCCCCUUGAGUUGAAAACGCAGCUGGAACAAACUGAAGCCAACGUGGAUAAUGAGCAAGCACUGAGGCAGAAGCUAGCGCUGGAGUUUGAAGAAGCGCAGAGCUCUGUGUGCAGUUUGCAAGCCGAACUGGAAAAGCUGAGAUCUGCUGCAAACAUAGCGUCCUCGGAAACUGAGGAGGUUCAGCACCUGAAGGAAAGACUUGAGAAGGAGAAGAAGCUAACGAAGGACUUGGGACAAGCCGCUACCAAGCUCCAAGAGCUAUUGAAGAUUACCCAGGGACAACUGGCCAAAGAAAGAGAAGCAGUGAAGAAAUUGAAAGAGCAGCUUCAAGAAACGGGGGAAGACAACGGUUCAAAGGAAGGAACUUCUGUCUGAUGGGUCUAAGAUCUAGAAUUUACUAUUCCACUUACCAAAAUGCCUUACACGUUCCUAAAAAAUAUAUGCUCAGUUCUUUGCAGAUAAAGACACACAAGCCAUUAGUGACCCCAGAAACCUCCUAGUUUGAGAUUUAAAAGGAUACAAGUACACACUGCAGAUGUACAUCGGUAAAGGAAGUUUCAUACUGUUUUUUCGUAAAACUGUGUUCCCUGCAGAAAACCCUGACUAUGUCAGCCAGCUGCUUCCAAGCCUUUACCUUCUGUAGUAACAGAAUCCAUGAAUGUGCGAAAAGGGAAGACUCUGUGUGUGUUCAUCAAUCAGUGCAAUUUUUGUCUUUUUUGGAGUGAAUGAAGCCUGGAAGGUACAUGACGCCCCUGUUCGUCGUACCAGGCGGCUGUUGGCAAGUGUCCUUGUGAAUUUCUGGAUGGUAAUGCAAUUAAACCAAUGGUGUAGCUAA